CCCAGCAUAGCUGGCCAGAUUUCCCUUACGGUAGUCCUGGGCCAGCCUGACCGUUCCUUGGAUUGGAAUGCAGUCAAGGGACGGAAAUUCCCCACCUAUUUCUCAUGUUUCCUGGUUUGACUCUGGACAGGUGUGUGUUUGCUUAGCCAGGUGCAGCAGGAAGCCAGUCACUUAGCUGCAUCUGGUUCCCUUCAGCUGAUGCCAAAAUCCCCCCCGGGCACCUGAAGUGCUGCCCAUCUGGGAGUUGGUCUUUUAUCCAGGGCUCAUGAGUUGAAAUUAGCUGCAAUUGAUCAUGCCGGGAAGCAACAUUUAGAUCGGAUUGGGGGCCCACCUACCCGGUCUCCUGCCUCCAGAGAUAUCCUUGUCUCUCAGCUCCCAAGAGCUACUUGGUCCCUUCCCCAAUGGGCGAAAAUCUUUGAUGGUUGUUGAAAGUUUCUAUUAUGGGAACCAUCGGUUGAAGUACAUCAGCCUGGCAGUGCUGGUGGUCCAGAAUGCCUCACUCAUCCUGAGCAUCCGCUACGUGCGAACCCUGCCCGGGGAGCGCUUCUUCGCCACCACGCCGUGGUCAUGGCUCCUCAAGGGAGCCACCUGCCUGCUGCUCAUCUUCCUCCAGAAACGAGGCAACAUGAAGCAGUUCGCCCUGUCCCUGUACGAUGCCGUGGUGCUGCAGUACAUGGAUACGCUGAAGCUGGCGGUGCCCUCGCUGAUCUACACGCUGCAGAACAACCUCCAGUACGUUGCCAUCUCCAACCUGCCGGCAGCCACCUUCCAGGUCACCUACCAGCUGAAGAUCCUGACCACGGCCAUCUUCUCGGUCCUGAUGCUCCGCAAGAGCCUGUCGCGCCUGCAGUGGCUGUCGCUGCUCCUGCUCUUCGCCGUGGCCAUCGUCCAGGUGGAGCAGGGCCAGGCGGGCGGGCAGAGGUCCCCAGGCACAGCCCGCCAGAGCUACGUGGUUGGGCUCGUCGCCGUGGUGGUCUCCUGCCUCUCCUCGGGCUUCGCCGGCGUCUACUUCGAGAAGAUCUUGAAGGGCAGCUCAGCCUCCGUCUGGCUGCGCAAUGUGCAGCUGGGCAUCUUCGGGACCCUGCUCGGGCUGCUGGGCAUGUGGUGGGCCGAGGGGGCAGCCGUGGCCGCACAAGGCUUCUUCCACGGCUACAGCCCACUGGUGUGGGGCGUGAUCCUCAACCAGGCCUUUGGCGGCCUCCUGGUGGCCGUGGUGGUGAAGUAUGCCGACAACAUCCUCAAGGGCUUUGCCACCUCGCUCUCCAUCGUGGCCUCCACCGUGGCCUCCAUGCACCUCUUCGGCUUCCGCCUGCACCCCCUCGUCCUGGGGGCUGGGCUGGUGAUCGCCGUCUACAUGUACAGUCUGCCCAAGGCCAGGCCGCCCCUGGGCCCCCGUGAGGAGCCCACUGCCCCGCUGCCCCUUGGCAAGGAGCACAGCGAGCCGGGCUACCCCCCAAGUCAGUGCUGGUCAAGUGAGGUCUGCAAGGGGGGCGGGUUGGGGGGUCUCUCCUGUGCUCCUUCUCUGGGCUGUGAGCCCUCCAUCUCCCUUGGCCCCCUCCAUAGCCUCUCCCUGCCCCGCACCUGCCCUUGACCCCCCACAUCUCUCUGCCCCUCCUUCUACCUUGGCUCCCCCCAAGUCUCUCUCACUUGACAGAUCUUUGGUGGGAAGCAUGUCCCCUUUUUCCACCCCCAUCCAAUCAUUCCACUGCUGCUCCUCCAUAUAACCUUGUCUCCCCCAAGCCAGUCACUUUCCUAGCCCCGCCCCAUAUCUGUCCUCUACUCUGCUCCAGCUCAGACCCUGUUCCCCUCUUCUGGGUCAGGAUGACUGACACCCCCCCUUCGGCCCAGGAGAGGCAUUUAGGUGCACACUAGAGCGGGGAGAGACCGUGAUUCUCCCCCCGCAAGCCGCAGAGAGUCGGCAAAUGGAUUGAGCCAGAGAAUUAUUUUUGUACGAUCCCGAAGCAGCCCCGAUGGACAGUGCAUCAAGACGGGGGGCGGGAGGGAACCCCCAGGAAUGGCUCGGCAGUACCAAGCUGGCACAUGGAGGAAGGACUUGCCACCAUUCCAAAGGGUGAUGGUUCACCCGGACAGCGUGGGAGUGCUGCCCCCUGGAUUCCCCACAGCAUGCCCUUUUGCUGAGUACUCUCAAGCCCAGCCCCAAAACUUGUUAAAUCAUGGGGGAGGGACUGGGAGCCAGGACUCCUGGGUUCUUUCCCUGGAUCUGGGAGGGGAGUGGGGUCUAGUGGUUAGAGCAGGGGGGGAAGGGGAGUCAGGACUUGCUGUCUGUAAAUUUCAAGCCUAGUCCCUUCCCCAGCUCUGUGCCUCAGUUUCCCCCAGGUGUUCCAGGACCUGCCCUGGCUCCAUGUUUUUGUAGCUCUUUGGGGCUCGGCUGGGUGGGAGCGAACGGCUGCGACCUGCCAUUAAUUACUAAACAAUAUUUCCCUGGUGGGAAACGGCGUCCCUGGGCAGACACAUCCCAGUGGCAGUGGGAACAGAGGCCGCUGUUGGUACAACACAGUGGGGAGCAGCCCGUGUGAAUCUGCAUCACCCCCCCCGGGACUCCACUGCAAACCCCUUCCCACCAGCUGUGGAGCUAGCCCCAGUGACUCUAUGGAGCGACGGCCGAUGGACAUGGGCUGGCCCAUACCUGAGAUGAUGAGAUACAUUUUAAGUGUCACUCUACCCUAUGCUGCUGUUGAGGGGUGGGGCUGGGAGCCAGGACUUCUGGUUUCAAUUCUCAGCUCCAUCCCUCCCUCCGCCUCAGUUUCCCUUCCUCCCCCAAAGCCAGGGGGAGUGCUGCUUUGCCAAGGGGCCAGCUGGCUGUGUUUUUCUGGGGGGUGCCCCACUCCCGCUAGGGCACUAACACUGAACAUAGAUUCCGGGUGACACAUUUUGUAUGGAUGGGGGGGGUGGGGUUUUUUUAAACGCCUGUAACCCUGCCAGCCGCUAUCCUGUCUGUACAGAGCCGCCGCGCGGAAUAAAUAGACUGUAUUUAUUUA